AUGGCAGAGGUAGUAGCGCAGAAAAGAAGAUGUUGCGCAGGCUCUGUCGCUGGCUGCAGAGGCAAUGGGGCACAGACUGCAGCCCGAUCGCCCUCGGCAGCUAUGGCAGAGGAGGAAGCCAGUCAACGCGUGUCUGGAUUCGGAGCUCAACAAGAGAAGAAGAAGGAGAAGGAGAAGGAGACGCUUGCAAUGAUGGGUGGCGAUCACGGACCCCGCUGUCCGGAGCAACAGUGUGAACGCAACCCCAAUGCCGAUUCUGGGCGCUGCAGUGCCGGGCCCGUUUCCUACGAGCUUUGGAACGGCUGCCAACAAAGACUGCAGCAGGCAGAGGAGUUGCCGAGUGUAGGAGAGGGGGCCGACGCCCCUAGACUUGCAGGUGUAAUCACUUCCACCGCCGUCGCCGCUCUCAAACAAACCAACGGCAUUCUAGUCCGAGUCACCACAAGCUCUGAUUCCAGCCGAGACGGUGAGGAGCGCCGGAGCAGCCACUCGAAACUAAACUACUCCGAAGCUUCCGACGAGAGGAGCAAGACACCUCUCUGCGCGGCUUUGCGUUUACAACAAGGCAAUUGCCCUCAGCGCACCUCCUCCAAGUUGACGCCAACGAGACCGCACGGCCGAUACCGCAGAUCACAAUCCUAUACACCCCAAGGCGAGUGGUUUGGGGCUUCGGCUCCAUGA